CCUCUAACGACGAGGCUUAGUGUAACUGCACCUUACUCUCUUGCAUGCACCAUCCUUAUCAUCUUCCUUUUCGAAUAAUUAAUAAAGCUGAAACUACUGUUACUGUUCUUGCUUAAUAUAUAUGCUUAUUUAUGGAAAAAAAAAAAAGAAUUGCAGGACUGGUUAGGUUACUGUUGUUGCAUGCUUAAUAGUCACGAGUUUGGCAUCUUUCCCAUUACAUUACCCAAAAUUAUGAGCACAAUGAUAAUUAUGAAUCUGUUACUAAACCACGACUGUUACUGUUUGACAAAAAUCAUGUUGGGACCUUCAAUGCUAUUGCUAGCUCCUCAACUACUUUUCCGGUCUUCCCCUUUCCUCCCCUGCAAUACACAUGUCUGCUGUAUGUGUCACAUGAUCCCAGUAUCACUUUUCUUGAGGUCGUUGAUGGUUGAGAAAGAAAAUCAGUCAGAGAUGGAAUGUGAGAGCUGUUACGAAUUUUGCCUCGAAAAAUCUGAGUACUGAAUUUCAUACUUCCAGUCAUAUAAAGGGUCAUUGGCAUGUCACUAGAGGGUCAUGGACAUGACGCCAAAAGUCCAUGGCCGGCGAGACGAGAAGCAAGCAAUAGCGAGAUUUGGAACAAGAUCAAGCGCGAAGCAAGCUACACUCCAGCAUGUACGAUAGUUUCAAGAUGAUGAGGGGGAGCAGUUCUUCGUGGUAGUAAUCAAGAUGACGGUUCUCUACAUAGUCACUACUCCAUGGUUACAAAUAGAAAGAGAGGUCGACAGAGAGCUAGAGACAAUGGUUCUCAAAAUCAUACACCUGACACCUAUGUCAAGUUUUUGUUUUUCUUUGUCAAAGUAGUCAUAGUCGUAGUUUGAAACUCUCAUAGGUGUAUGAGUAACUUAAUGUACUUUUAUUUUCAAAAAUCAUCAAUCAAACACAUUCGUUGAAACUUUAUCCAAAUAGAUACAAAACCGUAUGUCCGUAAUCACCAACAAAAAAAAUCAAAUACACAAUUGAAUUAAACCGACAUAAGUUUCCUCACUAAAAAAACACUCAACCAUCAAAUAUACGCAUUACAGAAACACAUAAUCCCACAAUAUUACCAUUGCCCCCCAACUCCACUCUGCCACCAUAACAAAAUUCAGUUGGAGACACAGAUACGUAGCUACACUAGAAUGUGAAUGCCUGACACACGUGUGUGUGGGUUCAGCUUCAGCAACACCUGCACAACAAAACACUCGACUUACGUUUCAUAAAACCCCUAGCCUCUCUCUUCCAGUCUUCGCUAACCUCCAAACAAUUCAUAACAAAAUCAAAACUGGUCAGAAAAAAGUAGAAGAAGAAAAAAAGUAUGCAUGUCGUCGUUAUGUCAUUUACUGCACUGAACCCAUUGAAGGUUACGUUGGGGCGCUGACUGGCAGUGGCAGGCCCUGCCCUCCUGCCUUUUACCCUCGUCCAUUAUAUCUGACUUCCAUCUCUACCAACACUGCAAACCCUCUCCAGAGCUUGCUCUGUUUUCCCCUGUUUUGCUCCCAUGUUCCCCUUUUUUCCUCUGUUUUCCUAAUAUAAUAAUACAACAAUGCCGCACAAUCACAACAGCAAUAAUAAUAAGCUGCGGCAGAUACCGCCCUGCCAUCAUCCAUCUCAGAGCAAUAAUAACAACAACAGCAUUGCAGUGGCAGCAGCAGCCCCACCUCUCAAGAUUCCCCGUCUUUCUUCCGACUACCCUGCCACCGGUUUGGAGGGGCUGUUGAUCUGGAACAUGGACCCAGCAGCUGUUGCGGCCCAUGGGUCGGCGACGACUGCUGGUAAUCAGAAUCGGCCUUCAGUGGGGCUGGGCCUGGGCCUUACAACCGGCGGCGGUGCUGGCGACGAUCAGCAGCGGCAGGGAGAAGAGGAGCCAGUGGGUAAAUCAAUGGUGCAUGGGUUUACACUGCCGCAGCUGCAAGAGCUGCAGCUGCAAUCAGUGAUAUACAGGUAUAUAGAGGCCGGAGCCAGAGUUCCUCCCAGCCUCCUUGUCCCUAUCUGGAGGAGCCUCGCCGCCGUCCCUCUCCACCGCCGCCACCACCACCCUACCUUGCAUCAUCUCUUCCCCAGCUUGACGCAGUGCAACCUGCAAAUGAUGGGUAUGGAGUACUACAAGAACGGUGGGACACUGGAUCCGGAGCCAGGGAGGUGCAGGAGAACUGACGGGAAAAAAUGGAGGUGUAGCAAAGAGGCUUUGCCUGACCAGAAGUACUGCGACAAGCACAUGCACCGCGGCCGCCACCGUUCUAGAAGCGCAAAGCAAGUGGUGCUCCGACCUCCUCCUCCUCCUCCUGCUAAUUCUGCCGCCAGCGGCGGGAAUGAGGCUGCGAACGGCAGCGGCGGCUGUGGUUCUCAGAGCAGCGGGAGUAGUAGCAGUGCUGGGAGUUGCAAUGUCGGCGGCAAAAACAACAUAUCCAAGGCGCACCCUCACUACCUUUGACUUAGCUCUAGUGUUCUUCCUUCUUUUCUCUUCCGUUUUUUGGGUUUGAUUUUGCUGUGUCGACGGGUGCAUUGCAAGCAUGCUCCAAUGGAGGCAAAAAAAAAAAAAAAAGAAGAAGCUGUAGCUGGUCUUGUUGGCUUUGAUGAUGCAUGUUAUGGUGUCAAAUUGAGUGACUUGUGUUUGUAUUUCGAGACUUCUCUCUUUUGUUUUGGUAUCAAAUUGAAAGAUGCAUGUUGUGGCUUUUUUAUGUUUACCCUUGCCUUGGGGAGUGAGUUUGUUGGUGACGUGACUUAAAAUUUAGCUUGAGUUGGAAAUGGAAAUGAAUAGCUUUGGGAGUCAAAUUGAAGUUUCAAAUAUCAUAUUAUCGGUGAGUGAAGUAUUGUAAAAGGUGACUAAAGUUUUUUUUUUUUAUCUACAGAGGGAGGAACUAAGUUAUAUUCAAAUCACUUAGGUGUGUCAUCUAUUCGAACAAAAUCGUUUGAGAAAGUGAGGUUGGUCAGUUUGAAACUACAUAUUUUUGGAGAAAUUUUGAAUUAAUUAACUAGUAUUAUUUUCUUGUACGAAAAUGAAAAUAAUAUAGGAUAAUUUAUCAAAUCCAUUAACUAAUUAAUACAUUAAUAAUUAUCUUCCAAAGUCGCAUGGCUUAUUCCCAAUAAAAGAGGGAAUAAUCAUGCAAUUUUGCACAAACCCUCUAAACACAUAAUUCAGAGAGCAGAAACAUGAAAGAGAGUAUUUUUCCAUGGAAAACUGAUUUUUAAACAGACCAAGAUUCAUAGAAAGUGGUUGUUUUAUUCUCUAUGUUUAUUGGCUGAUAAUUUGUUGUGCGCAAAUACAAAGUAGUCUGAUAAUAACAUUUUAAAAAGAGCAAACUAGCCAAAAGUAAGAUAGCCUAACAGGAAAGUCGUCGCGUUAGUGAAGAUUUGGGAGUUGCAUAUCCCAGGUUCGAAUCCAAGCGAGGCUCGUUGGUAUUCCCGAAAGUACAAGACUACUGAUGACGAAACCCCGUUGACGUCAAAUUUGAUUUUAGGUGGCGCUCAAGUUUGAUAUCCUUAAUUUUUUGGGGUUAGAUUUCAAUGUCAUUGUUGAACUGGACAUGAUCAUGAGUCGCCAGCGGUCAAUUGAAAGAUUUCAAGUUUGAUUUUUUAUUAAUGCUAUACUCUCAAAUGUAUAAGCUAUACGAAUCGCAGAUCAUAAUUGAAAAGUGAACAAUAUCAUCUCCGAAUUCUUUAUCCAAAAAACAAAAACAUAUCAUCUCCAAAAUGAACUGACCAAGCUUUGACAAAAAAAAAAAAAAAAGAACUGACCAAGAAGAAGGAUCCAUGUCAAACUAAAGUUUGAAGCGUAAGUGAUGGGCUUUAUUGUUUGGGAGCCGUUGGAUGCCAUGGGUUUAUGUUCCUUGAGAUUGGAAUGGGGUCCACACUUCCUUGGGCCGAUAGAUACCAAUUGGGCUUGGGUUAACAAGCUUGAGCCUUGUUGGGGGGCCUUUAGGCUUUAACCACGUAACUUUUUUUAUAAAUCAGGAACCUCAAUUCUACGUGGCACGUGACACUUUUGUGACAGCGGGAUCUACUAAAUCUGAGGGGUUCACCUGUUUGAACUUACCUCGUUUUGCAAAGGUUCAUCACUAGGAUUCCAUUGUGCCUCCGAGAACACUUACCUGAUAUCUUGGAGGAUCGAACCUGAGAGCUGCCCCUCCCAAAUCGUCACUUUUCUUCGUACUUACACCAUUUAGGCUAUGUGACCUUUGGCUACUAUAUGCAUUAUAUUAAACAUUAAAAAAAGGUAUUCUAUAUUGGUUUGUGAAGGGUUAGAUAAUUAACGACGAAUUGGAAUCUAGAAUUCACCUUACACAAGGUUAAUAUCUUAAAUAAAGAGUGAAAGUUUAU